AUGCGAGGCGACGAUCAGCUGUCGCAUUGGUUGGUGGAAGUCGUGAGACCCGGAGGAGCGUCCGCUUCGAGCGGCAAGAGCGGGCGCGGGGGAGCGAGAGGCGGUAUUAGGGAUGGCGCGGGCGAGGCGGCGGGACUCGCGGUGGCAGUAGAGGAGGCGAAGAACGAGCGGUCGGGUCGCGUUCUCCUCAUUCUCGUGCACGUGGUCGCGGGCUGCGACACGCGAGGUCCCUCGUCCCACGGCGCGGAGUCACCGAGGGUGGCAGCAGGGCAGGCGCAAGAGCAGGCGGCGGUGGAGGCGGAGGCGGAGGCGGAGACGGAGGAGGCGCUCAAGUGGGCGUUGCUCAAGCCGCUGCAAGUCGCCGUGCAGCAGCACCAGUUCCUCGCGCACGCCGCGGUCAAUCGCAUCGCCGCUGUUCCCGCUCCGCUGAUGCGCUCUCACCCCUUCUCACUUUCGCCUCAACAUCUCCCAUCCCCUUCUGUUCCCCCUCUUAUCCCGUUUCCCUCCCCUCCCCCUCCCGUUCCCCCUUCCCCCCUCCCCCCCCCCGUGUUUCGCGCACCCGUUGCGCUCUCGUCCUGGGUGCGGCGCGUAUCGGUGGCGACGCGGCAGCUGAGGGCGGUGAUGCACGUGGAGGCCAGUCUCUCCAGGGAGCGCGGCCUCGCUGACGUGGCGCAUCGCUUCCAUGCGACGCGGCUUUACAUCGGCCUGGUCAAGAGGUCGGUGCUCUGGUCGCGCCUCUCCGCGCUUUCCCUCGCGCCCCACUCCGCGCACCACCAAUCUCGCCCCACGCUCCUCUCCGCCCUCCCCCCCGCCUGCCUGCUCAUCGAAGCGCGGGGCACCCGCCGCCUCUCCACGCACUCUCACCCCCUGUCCGCCUCCGCCACCCCACCUGCCCUCCCCGAGUCGCUCUCGCUGCGCCAAGGCGGCCGCUCCGCGCGCUCCUUGCGAACCGCGGGGUCGUUUCUGGACGGCGCGCGGCGCAUGGUGGGGCGGCGGUCGGACGCUGAGGAGGGGGGGCGAGGGGGGGAGUACGGGGGAAAGAAGAGAAAGGCGAAGAGCGGGGUUUUGGAAGCGCGGGGUACAGUGGGGUGGGAGGGGGAAGAAGAGGGGGAGGGGGAGGGGCAAGUGCGAGCGCGGCAGGGGCAAUCGCUGGGGAAGGCGUGGAGCGGGGCGUGGUCGGGGGCGUGGCAGCAGGGCAGGGGGGCGGCGAGCGGGACAUUGGAGGCGCAGCAGGGGGGCAUGGGGGCAGCGCGCGGUGGUAGUGUGACGUCAUCAUCACGGGUAGCAGUAGUGCGAAGCUUGUCCGUGGGGGAGGGCGCGGACGAUGCGCAUUGUGCGCCGCACCAUGGGCGCACUGCCGCACUCACGCAUGCUCACUCUCAUGCUGAUGGGGGUAACGGCGGUGGUGCUGUUGCUGCUGCAGCUGCUGCGGGUGGUGGUAGCAGGCAGAGGGAGCGAGGUAGCACACCACAGCAGCAGCAGCAGCAGCACCAGCAUGCACACCCCUCAUGGCUCCAGGAACGGCGCGGCAGCGGCUCCUUCAUGCCUACGUGGAGCUUUGGCCGCAGGACACGUGGCAGCGGCCCGUUGGUUGCUGUUGAGAGAGGCGAAGGCGAGCGCAUGGGUCCUGAGAACAGGCCUCGGUCAGGAGUGGUGAGGGCAGUGGGGGUAGACGGAGGGGAGAGCGCAGGGGAGUGGGAGAGGGAGUGCGAGAGUGAGCGUGAGGGUGAGGGUGAGAGGGAUCGGAAAGUGGAGGGGAGGGUUGGGAGUGGGAGUGGGAAGGGUGCAAGGCGGUACAGCCGGCGGUGGAGGCAGGGGCGGCUCAUGACCCAGUCAGGGCCCCUGGGCCCGCACUCCCCCUCCCUCGCCUCCCCCUGCGCGCCCGCCUCUGCACCGGCACCGCCCGCUCUCGCUGCUGCUCCCCCUCACGGCAGCAUGGCAGCAGCAGCAGCAGCGCAGCCAGGCGGGCCCGCGGACGCCGCCGCGGCGCGUGCAGAGGAGGGCGCGUGCAGUGGUGGCGGGCGGGAGCGGUUUCACAGGUCCGAGAGCAUUACGGAGGGCGGAGAGGGGGAGGAGGGAGAGGCGACAGAGGGGGCCAGAGGCACGGAGGAGUGUGUAUCCGUCAAGGGGGAGGCGGCGAGGCAGCAGGUGGAGGAGCGGGCAUGCGGCAAGGCGGGCAAUGGGUUGCGCAGGGAGGUGCAGUCGCGCCUGCUGCAUGCAGACGUGCACUCCGCUGCGCCCACCCCGCCCCCCUGGCCCAUGGGCCUCUUCCGCUCCUCCUCCGUGCCCGGCCCCUCGUCCGUCACCCGCGCCUCCCCAUCGCCCCUCGCCUCGUCCUCCCCCUUCUCCUCGUCGUCGUCCUCUGCGCGUCGCCCCCCCACGCUGCUGUUCGCCAGAGCGUCGUCUGUGCCUGGCUCCACUCGCCGCGUCUCCUCCCGCCGCCACGCGCGUGCCACGGGUGGGCACGGUGGACAGGGCGGCAGGCGGCGGCACAGCGAGGGGAGGAGCAGGCGUGGCGCUGGCAGCUCCGGAGCAGGGCACGGGGUGGUAUUGGCAGCUGGGGAGAGGGGCGCAGGGGGGGCGGACGCAGGGAGACGAGAAGAGGAGGAGGCGGGCAUGGAAGGCGAGGGAGUGAGCGAGGGUCCGGAUCACGCUGCGUCUGCGGCCUUCCCCCACUCGCUGUCCUCCUCCUCCUCGUCGUCCUCAUCCGCGCGCCUGCUCUCUCUCUUCCGCGCCAGCUGCACCCUCUCCGCCACUCCCACCUCCCCCGCCUCGCCGGCCGACACCGCAUCCCCCGCCAUGCCGCCCAGGAGCGACGGGCGGGGCGGCAGGGGCGGCAGGGCGUACGAGGUGGUGCCGGUGGAUUGGCUGCAGGAGGUGGAGGCGCGGAGGGCGCGCAUGAGCGGGGCAAGUGGGGGAGGCUGUGAGAGGGAUGCGGGGGAGGGUGGUGGGCGCGGCAGCCUGGACAGCCAGGUGCGGAGGGCAGUGGGCGCUGUCACGGGUGCGCAUGGCUCACGCAGUGCCCGAUCCAGUGGGGCCGGUGACGCCACCCACCCUGCUACCAGGCCCACAGGGCCUUCUCGCAAGUCUGCGUGCGAGCCGCUGUGCACCACCGCAUGUGCACCCGCCUACUGCGAUCAGAUCAGCCCUCUAUGCGUCUCCACUGCCUCUCUCACGCCCACCACUCCCGCCACUGCCACCACCGCCACUGCGCCCAUCUCGGUGCCCUCCACCGACUCUGCACCUUCCAGUGCUUGCUCUUUCUCCCCCCACACCCCUCCUGCCGUUGCCCCUGCCGUGUGUCCUUUUCCCAACCAUGCUGCCGCCACAUGGAGCUGCUCCCACGCGCCUCACCCAGAGCCCCACCCCGCUACGCCGUGUGACCAUGCGUGCUCUGCACUGCAGCAUGGGCAGCCCUCUUCAGCGGUGCACGAGGGGGGCGCAACAGAGGCGCCCAUUGCAGCGGUACCCGUGGGCGUGCAGCACCACGUGCAUCCACCGCACCUCACCAUCCUCACACCGCACAGCGCCUGCAGCGCCACCACCACACCCACCCCCUCUCACACCACCCCCGCGCCGCCCGCCACCACCACGCCUGCCAGCAUGCACCAGUGGCGGCGGCGGCGGCGGCGCGAGUGGCGGGGGCGGGACGACAGCGACAGCGUGCGGCGCAUGAACGCGUCCCUGGCGUACCUGUCGGUGCAGCACAGCCACCUGGUGCACCUGGGCGCCGCUGAUGACGACGACGACGGGCUGGACGUGGAUGAGAUGGUCGUGGGCGCUCGCCUGGAUGCUGCGGGCGAGGGCGCCCUGCUCAUGGGCGCACACAUGGCCGCUGCUGUGGAUGGCAUGGCGUGGCACGGCCACUGGGGGGACGUGGAUGAAGUGGAGAGGGGGGAGUUUGGUGGGGAGUGCAGUGAGGGAUGGCAGGAGGAGGAGAUGGGGUGGGUGGAGUGCAGCUAUUCCGGGCCUCUCACUCAUGCUGCCCUUGCUGCUGCUGGGGUGAUCACGAGCACAGCAGCAGCGUCGCCAUCAGGCGCCCCCUCCUCAUUCCACAGCAUUCCCAACAGGGCAGCACCACCCCCAUCCGUCUCCUCCCAUGCCAGCACCCCUGCAGCAAUGAGCCCAGCCUGCCUCUCCCCUCGCGCGCACCCCUCUGCCCACAGCCCCUGCCGCAGCAGCCCCCACGGCUCCCCUUCUGCCACCGUGCCGCGAGUGCCCUGCUCCCUCUCCCACGGCCCGUGCGACAGCAGUGCAGGCAGCGGGGCGGGGGAGGGGCGGCGGCGGUCCAUGCUGGGAAUGAGCCGCAGCAUGGGCGUGGCCACGCUCGCACACGCCCUCUCCUCCCUCACCCACGCCGCUGCUGUGUCCUCGGGGUCUGUCUCAGGCUCCCCUGCUGCCGCCCGGCCUGCCUCACGCCUAAUGCUGUCGUCAGGGCCCACACCCGACGCACAGCACACCUACAGUAACGGCAGCACGUCGCUGGGUAGUGGCACAGGCACAGGCACGGGCAGGGGCAGGGGCGUGGGAGCAGAGGUGGAGGACGUGGAGGGCGAUAUGGAGGGCGACAUGGGGCUGGACAUUGACAUUCUUCUCUCCGACCUGCGCUCCCGCCAGCUGCGCUCCGCCUCGGGGCCCCUGGCGCCUCGCAUGUCGGGCCCCCUGCGCUCCGUCACCCAUCCUGCCGCUGGUAUGGCUGUUGCAGCUGCUGCGGCCGUGGCAAGUGUGGGGGAGAGAGGUGGGGAGGACAGGAGUGCACAGCUGUGUGAUGUGGGGGUGGAUGCAUGGCGGGGUGCAGCCGAGGCAGACUCAGGAGACCACUCCCUAGCUGCAUGUUCAUAA